AUCCAAAGCCAAUAACCAAUUUCUUUUGUGUUUUAUUUUUCAGAUGCACAAGAGCUGUAUAAAAAGAAAGAUAAUGUCAUAACUUGAUAUUGAAGACAGCGAAAUCAAACCUUCCAUUUUUACAACUAUGAAGAGAUCUAUGCCAUAAGUCAAGUGUAAUGGUACAGAACAGUCGUAACAUCGCCAUUGUCCUCAGAUCCUUAACUGUUCCUGGAGGACUGAUACAACUAUCAAAGAAUACAAGAUUGUGAGAUAAAAAUCAUCACAAGGAGUCAUUUAAACAGUGAUACUUCUUAAUCGCUGAAAUGGACGCAGCGGACCCUUUAAUGGGAUCAGAAACACAAGUUGUUUAUCAAAAUAUGCUGAACAGAUUUAAAAACGGUUCUUUUCAUAAAAAUUUCACCUUUCCAAAUUCUAAUUUGACUCAACAACAGUUCACAAAUCCGGAUUCAGUGACGUUGCUUUUGAAUUGUAUCUAUUUUCUUGAUAAAUUUGGUGUACCUAUUCUUUUAACAAUCGGUGUGCUAUCGAAUGUGAUAAUUUCUAUCACAAUCAGAAACUCGGAAUUAAAGAAGGUAUCUGCAUGCUGUUUCUUCUUCUCCAUUGGAAUUGUUGAUACGCUUUAUCUUAUUGCCAUGGCGAUUCCUUGGAUAUCUAUUCGCGUUGUUGAUAUUUACAAUACAGAGGGCUUCUGUCAGCUCAUCUAUUAUUUGAAUCUGUUGACAACAUUUUUAUCAAGCUGGUAUAUCGUCAUGCUGCUCGCAGAAAGGCUAUCAGUUUGUUAUAGGCAAGAUGCAUCACGCAAGUACAUGGACGCGUUUCGAGUUAAAUGCUAUAUUACAUUGUUUUCAAUUUUUUCAAUUGUUGGCCAUCUUUAUCUCACUUGGACUAGUGGGGUUUACAUAUUUCAAAACAGACAAAUAUGUAAUGUUAUCCCUGAACACCUGGAGGAUAUCAUGAUUAUGAGAAAAAUCGAUAUUGUAUUGGCUUUUGUAUUGCCAGUACUUCUGUGUAUAACUUUUACAAUCACUUUGCUGGUACAUCUUUGUACCUCUAACUUCAAAAAUUGUAACAAUGGAAUACUUAAAGCUGAAGUUAAAAUGAUAACAUUUGAAGUAAAACUUAAUUCCAAGCAAACGACACGUUAUGCUGAAUGCCCCUCUAGCUCAAGAGCUACCAAAGAGCUAUCGGACCAAAGACUCAAAUUAAGGAUUUUGUCACAAAGCAGGAGACUGACUGUAACUUCAGUGUUCAUAGCUCUGACAUAUGUAUUUCUUUUUAUACCACACAAUGUUAUAAAAACAAAAUUCACAUUUCUCAGUGGAGAUCAUAUUGUCACUUUUGAAGAAUCCCUUUUUCUGAAAUUAUUCGAGGAUUUGUACAAGUUAAACUUUGCAUACAAAGCUUUCGUUUAUUAUGCAUUGCUACCAGAGAUGAGAAAACAUUUCAUCAAAAUAUUCCUACGGAUAUGUAAGAAGCGCAAAGCAAACAAAAUGACAAGAAAUGGUGAUGCAGUAAAUGGAGAUUUUAUACAAGACACAAACUUCAUAGGAAACUGAUUUUGGCCACUGAUCUGAAAACAUGAAAUAGUUUUUGAUUCAUUUUAUUAUCGCCGUUCCUGGGUGGCGAUAUAUACAAUUGACAAGAUAUGAACAGUUCUACCUGUUUACCGCCUGCCUAUAGCCAAUCAACACAGCAACUUAGAGAAUGUAGUCUAAAAAGAGUAUACAUGUAUUUUGUUUUCUUUUUAAAGAAAUAACUUUAAAAAUGCUUUCUUCCAGGCGAGUUUAAUACUAUGAGUAUUGUUAUUGCAUUAUUAUCGCAUAUAGCAGGUCAGUUAUAGUCCGUUUCAGAAAAAAAAACUUCGCAAAACAGUCGACGGAGUAUAUAACGUAAAUUCCAUUAUAGCAUGUUCACAUACAUCAAUUUUAAUCUGUUGUUAAUUACGCAAGAAGCUAAUUCUUUUUGCCGAUUGAUGCACGCACUAACUUAGUAGUCUAACUUAUUGUACUACGAGUCAAGUUAUUGUGAUAUUUUGCUAGUAUCUCCUACAUUCUGACCCAGCAGAAUCUAACUGAGCAAGUCAAAAUAUUUUGUCAAGAACGGAUUGGUAGAGUAAAUCAAGUAUUUUUGUUGGCUUUAUGUGUUGACCCCAUACA